UCCACCCCUAACCGAAGUUACAUUAUAGUAAUCAAACUCUGCAUUUAAAUAAGGGAUUAACAAAUGGAAAUAAAUAUCAACCAAAUCCCAUCCGGAAGGAAGGGCGAUUCUCCUUGGUGGGUCCCUUAGAGGGGAUAAGCAUUCUCAAACCUUGUCAUUAUCUUCCUCCUCGAUUCUGAAUCCAUCUUCUUCACUCCAAGAGCAAGAGGACACACGCACCAUUUCGGGGGUGCCCUCUUCCCAUUCAUUUCCACACAAAACUCCAUGAAAGCCACCGUCUUUGAUUCAAUUAUUAUUCAACAACAGUACCCAAGUUUGAAUUAAAUUCCCAAUUGUUUCCUACUUCUAGCAAACACCCUCCUCCUCCUUUGAUCAUCUACUCUCAUUAAAAUCCCAAAAUUUUGUUUGGAAAGAAAAAAAAGAUGGAUCUUGAUGAGUGGGAGUACCUCCCUGAUGAUGGGUUUCUUGAUUUCCAUGAAGAGAGAGAAGAGAAAAGGAUUUUCUCAAGCAAGGCAUAUUCUGAUUCCAAAAGCGUUUUCAACAUGAACUACUUCAUAAUCCCAUCACCCAAUUCAAGAAAACUCAUCGAGACACCACCACCAAUUCCACCACAGGGGUUUAUUAAUUCAAGGGUGCCUAAUCAGCUUGUGCCUGUUCCAAUUCAAUUGGAGCUACCUGCAAGCUUUGUCAAGGCCUCAGAAGAAGAAGAACAAGUCCCUGCUGCUAGGGUUCUAGUUGAUGACAAGACUAAUUAUAAAGCAAAAGCUUUAGAAGCUGAUGAUCAAGACACACAACUCUCCCAAGUCUACUUCAAGAAAACUUGGGAAAAUGAAUUUGCCGACAUGAAAAUGGACUCACCGAAGUCUCCUACCUGCAGAUCACCAAGAUUUAUGCAGCAUCAAACUACUGAUGCUGCUGCUGCUGUUGCUUCUAUUGAGAGCAAGAUCACCUCUCCCAGAAUGAAAAUUGGUGAGAAAAACAACAACUUGUUCGACUCAGAAGACACCAAGAAGGAGGAGGAGGAGGAGGAUGAUUUGGUCAAGAAUGGUAGGGAUCAUAACAGGAACAACAUCUGGAAGCUGAGCUUAACUGGGAUUGGAGCUAUUUGCUCUUUUGGUUUUGCUGCUGCUACUAUUUGUGUUCUGUUUUUUGGUACGCACCAGAGAAACAAACAGUAUCAACAGAACCAGAAUCGCUACCAGAUCUACACUGAUGACAACAAGAGGAUUAAGCAGGCAGUUGAGCAUGCAACCAAAUUCAAUGAAGCAUUUUCAGCAGUUAGAGGGGUACCCAUCACCAGAGCUCAUGUCACAUUUGGUGGUCACUAUACUGGUCUAUGAACACCUCUCCUAUCCAUUCCUUUGAGGGGUGAAAUUAAAUAAUAUAUAUACAUAUAUAUAUAUAUAUUUCUGUAAAAGGUCUAUAUUUUUUUCUUGGUCUAAGCGAAGUCAAUUAAUAUCUGUACACUGCAUGGAAUGCUUGUAUAGAUUCUGAAUCCCGUUUGUAUUUUAGAUUCCCUACUGUCUAUUAGUUUGGCAACAUAUGUGAUGUAUUGAGAGCGUGUAAGUUUAGAGACUA